AUUACACUAAUAAGGUACACGAAAAAGGGCAACAAAAUUAAUACAUAAUAUUUCUUUUAAAUUUUAAAUACUACAAUAAUAAACGUACAUUGAAUGUGAGACGUUUACCUAUUGUAGAGUUUAUUUAGUUGAACGCGAUUAUCUCAGAACUUGUUUUGAUAUUUUUUUACUUACUUCAGAAUCGAGAGUAUAUAUCAAGGUGAAUCUGUUUUAUUUUAUCCUAGGAUCACAAUCAAAAUUAGUGGAUAGUUACGUUCCACGUUUAGAAGCAUCUAUGUAAAAGUUUAAUUAUAUCUAUUUACCAGGUUUAUUUAACAUAGUAGAACAUUUCAAGGAUUCACCUUUAAUUUUGCCCAUAACAAUCAUGUAUCACCGUCAAGGCUAGUUAGCGGGAUAAAAUAUAAAAAAGGAGACAGGCGGCUUUUAUUUAAGGCUCGCUACAGUACAUGAAUAUAUAACAAAUCAUUCGACUAUUUGAUUAAUAACGUAAAAUUGAAUGUUCAUUAUUAUUUAUUACAUUAGGCACUAUGGAAUUCUCAUUUCGGAAUUCAAAGUAACGUAAAUCAAUUAAAUAAGCAUUAAUUAAAUUUUAAAAUUCUUUUUAACUUAUAAAAUAUAGCAUAAUAUAAUUUUUCCCAGCACAUGUAUAAAAGAUUUUUAAAUACAAAUUUAGUUGAUAAACGUAAGUUAAAAUGAAUUUUGUAAUUCUUACUUUAUUGUAGAAUCAAAAAUACAUCAUGAACCAUUAAAAAUAAAAAUACGUUUAAAAAUCUACUUGUACUUCAAUUUUUUCUAAAUAAAAUCUUUAUCAGUUUUUAAAAAUCCAAAAACCAGCUUUAAAGUAUAACCCAGGACGCAAUAAUUUACCGGUUUUUUAAUGUUGCUGAGAAACCCACUUUUACUUCGCGAUAGAAAACAUUACGAAACGUUUUACAACAGUCACUGCUCGAUGACACCCGUAAUCGACAUAAUGUUUACUUGACCUUGUUAUGUAAGUACCUUUUAUUGUAAUAGACUCUACCAACUUGAAUUAAUCCAGAUUAAAAACAAUAUACAUUUUUAUUUACCUUUACAUAGGUAUGCUGCAGUGAAUGAAUAAAAUAUAUUAAUGAAUUAGUAUUUUUUGUGAAUUCGCUUUUGUAACAGCGUCGAGAUUUUUAUGAACAACUUCUGAGUAUACAAAAUGAAUAGGAAACUGAAAACCGAUAACGCGGUAAAGUUGACUUUUCGCGGUAUACCUAGGCUUUUAAAGCUUAUGCUACGUGGGUUAUAACUUGUUCACAGUGUAAACACCCUUUAUCCAGCCAUUCAGCUUCCCCCACUGCGGGAUUUCAACUGAUAUUGCUUAUUAGUUAUUACUAUGCGACGAAGGCAUCAUAGAUUGCGUGAUAGUCGCAGCCUCGCAACCACGAACAUGGACCCAUAAUUACCAGUCUUUGUGUGAUGAAAUACUUCGUAGCUUCGUUUAUACUGACGAUAUGUUUUACAAAUAUUCCAUGCCACAUACGUAUUUUGAUAAAAUAAAACUAUUAUAAUAUGUAGCUCUAUAUUCGAUUUGAAAUAAACCUAAAUAAUAAAAUUCAGAAAAGGUAAACGUACACAUUUUAUAUAGUAACAACAAAACAAUUAUUUUAUUGACUCGAAAAAGCUAAAGCAUUCGAUGCGUCGAGGAAAUAAGUAUUCGUAUAUCAGCGAAGGAAACCUACCAUGGUAUGUGAGUACGUACUGGCUCACUUACAACAUCGCACUCAUCAUCUCGUUAAUGAUAACAGGACUUUACUGGAUCCUUCUUUAUAAUCCAGAACAGGAUGAAGAACUUGUUAACAGCUUCUGGCUCGACCUAUCAACGCAUGGCUUCAACUCCUGCAUAGUGUUCAGCGAAUUCCUGCUUUCAAGGACACCUCUUAGAUUCGUACACAUAUAUCAACCAAUAGCUAUAGGGCUAUGGUAUUCGAUAUUUUCUGGCAUAUAUUAUGCUGCUGGAGGUACAGACAGCGUUGGCAAUCCAUUCAUAUAUGAAAUAUUGGAUUGGCGGCAAACAAACCGAUCCUUGGCUUUGGUUGCUGCAGCGUUGGCAGCGCUAAUCGUGCUUUACGCCGUGAUGUGGGGUCUAACUAUAUGCAGAGACAAGAUUUCCGUAGCUAUCAUAAGGACCACAAGUCUAGACCUACCGUUUACACCGCCAGAUAGAAUUUCUGGUGCCGUAUAGUUUAAGAACCAGUUUUUAGAUUUAUUUUAUCUAAGUAUGGUAAGGUUUAUGUUACCUAAUUGGUAAUUUAUUACUUGUACUUAUUCCUCGCAGAAAAAAACAAGACUUUUAUUUUCUGGUAAAUUGCGUUACAUUAAUAUAAGAUGUCAUGGAUUGACUGUAUUUGACGCUAUUAAUAUUAAUCAUUACUAAUGUUUAUAAACUUUGCUCGACAGGCUGAUGUUUUUGUAAUGUAUUAAGCAAUACAGGUAUUGUGUAAGAGGCUGAUGUCAUAAUAAUGAACACAUGUUCAGUAUAUUUUAACUAUGAAUAUGUAAAUAAUGAGUAAUGACUGACUACAUAGUUAAGAUGUGUAGCUACAUUUAAACCCCAAAUUUUACGUGAUCAAAAGUGUCAAUUUUCAUACAACACUUAAAACAUUCUCAUUAAUUAUUCUGGGUUCUCAUUAAUUAUGCGGAGUGUCAAUAAAGCUAUCUAAACAAUUUGUGACAGCGGCAACCUUCAUUCAAUUUCGUUUAAAAUAAGAAAUUGGUAAAAUGAUAGAGGUUUAAGAAACGUUUUGUGAGAUAGCUCGGGGCAUAUUUAAUAAUAUUUCUGGACAAUUACGCAACAUGCUGCAGCGAUCAUGAUCAUAGUUUGUUGUACAAAAAUGUUUUGAAUUAAAGUUCCCGAAUCAGUUCACUUGCGAAUAAUAUUUUUAGGUCUAUACUUACUAAAAGUAAUCGAUAAAUCUGGCUAAGUUAAGCAUCGAGACCAAUACAAAACAGUUAUAGAAAUCUUCAUUACACGUUCAGAAACUCUGAGAGUAUGUAUUAAUAAAAAGUACAGUACGAAUUAAAAUAAAGUUAACGUAAUUGUUUAUCAUUUGGUUUAUAUAUAUAAUAUUAUAAUGAAAAGGUACGUAUGUACUAAAUUUAUAGAUAUUUCUGCGAAAGGGCAAAUAACUUGUUUUAUAUGCCAUCAUCUAUACACAUGGGCCGCGUUGACCGCCACUGUUAGAGGAGUAGUAAAAAUAAUGAUCACCCAUUAUAGGAAGCUAUAUUUAACAAUUAUGUAUAUGCGUGUCCCGAAAUCAAAAAAACUCAUAUCAUUUCUAACUUAUGGUUUAAGAAAAGUGUACAUUUCAUUUCGUUAAUGUACUUAAUUAGGUAUUUGAAAGUCAUAAUGGUAGAAUAUAUGUAAUAAUUGGUGUACCGAGUACGAUUUUUGUAUAUUAAAGACACUUGUAGCGGUU